GAUGUUUUCCGAGGCUUUACCAUUGUGAUGAUGAUGAUGAUCGACAACCAGGGCUCGCCGCAGCAUGUCUGGUGGCCGUUUCACGAGACGGUGUGGAACGGGCUAGGCACCGCAGACUUUAUCUUUCCCUUCUUUCUCUUCAUCAUGGGAUCGGCGGUGGCCAUGGCGCUCAAGCGGGCGGCAUGGAGCGCGAGUCCUGUUGGCGUCUGCAGGGAUCGGGCAGUGUGGAUCAAGGUUGCGCGGCGGAGUGUGGCGCUGUUUGGCCUCGGCCUCCUCGCCAACUUGCAGGGAACCAACUUUGAGUUUGGCAAGCUCCGCAUCAUGGGCGUUCUCCAGCGGCUGGGCCUUUGCUACGGUCUUGUUGCGGUCCUCUACCUCACGCUCCCACCGCUUGGCCAGCGCAUUGCGGUUGUCCUCGGCGCCGGUCUCUACCUUGUCAUCAUGUACGCCGUCGACGUGCCGGACGGAUGCGGUGAUGGCAAGCUGACGCCGUAUUGCAACGGCGGGGCGUACAUCGACCGCUCGGUCUUUGGCCGCUCUAACAUGAUGUGGCCAAACGACCCCGAGGGCCUCACCUCGACGCUGACGGCGACGGUCACCACCUUUGCUGGCCUCGAGCUGGGGCGCAUCCUUGUCAACGCGCCGCGAGCGCCGGCCCACAUGCUCCCACGCGAUGCACAGUCGUUUGUCCACAUGCAAGCCAAGAUGGUGGCUGUCGCCUGGGCAGCGCUCUCGCUCAUGGCCGUCGUCAUCUCGCUUGCCCUCCUCCCGGUCAUGCAGUUCUCCAAAAAGCGGUACACUGUCAACUUUGCGCUCAUGACCGCCGGCUGCGGCGGGCUCCUCCUUGCGGGCCUCUACGCCGCCAUGGACAUGCCGGGCUUCCAGCGCGCACCACUUGUCGUCGCCGCGCGCAAGCUGGGCCAGCCGCUGGUGUGGAUCGGAUGCAACCCGCUUGCCGUCUUUCUCGGCAUGCUCGAGCUCGAGCUGGUGCUGAUGGACAACGUCAAGGUCUCGCUCAACGGCGAGCGCGUCUCGCUCUGGCACUGGUUGUAUGUCAAGGCCUUUGCGUCCUGGAUGUCACCGUCGUUGGCGUCGUCGGCCAUGGCAGGUGCCGUCCUCGCGCUCUGGUGGCUGGUGGCGUGGAUCAUGUAUCGCAGGCAGUGGUUCCUCAAGCUGUAGCACUGCUCGCCAAGCCGUCUUGCCUCACGCUCAGCGAGCCUCAGCC